GAAAGUGAACCACAUGCACAAGUCUUUCAUACAAUGAUUUCAAUUUUGUUGUGGCAGUCUAGUCCAUAUAUCGCUGCUCCCCCCCAAAGUGUUUGUCGGUGUAUUGUAUGGUUUCUGAAGGUGUUCUGUUCAAAAAUAAAGAUACUUGACCAGUGAUAAAUCAGAAUGGUAGAUGACUGAUUUCGAGCUACAUGUAGUGGGCGUGGAAAGAUUCCCAGUUGUCGACAGGAGUGAACAUUGUUUUCCUUGAAAUGGUGGAAAGCUGAGGCCAUCGUCUCACCAGCGUAAUGGCCGCCUUCAACCAGGAUUGGAGCGGUGAUAGGAUCGAGCUAUCAAAUGAAGGCACAAUAGCUCGACGGACUGCAAGCUACAAUGGUGGCAUUGUGUACAGCUCCGAGCCCAUAGAAACAAAUGAGAUUUUUCAAGUUCGUAUUGACACCAUGGAGAUGGGAUGGGCUGGCUCACUGAAAUUUGGAGUUACUACGAGAUGCCCUAUAGACCAGACCAUUCCGAAGGGUAUCUUAGAACUCUACAACCGCGAUGAUUUUUGGGUACUGUCGGGGGACAAGCUACAUCAUGAUCAUAAAGAACUGACAUAUGAGGGACCUUCUUUGGAGAGCUUGACACGCGGCGACACCGUAGGUCUCUAUGUGAGCAGCGAAGGCGAGUUGCACUUCCUUUUGAAGGGCGACCAUGCUGUGAAGUCUCUAGAAAUACCCACUGAUCGUGAUGUCUACGUCGUUGCUGACAUCUAUGGCCAGGUGAAGCAAAUCAGCAUAGACGACUCUGUAUCUUCAGUCCUGGUGGAUACGCCCAUGACAGAGGUGGACAUGUCUUCUCGCAAGUCCGCUGGCGCCCUCCCCUCUAUGCCAUCGCCGCUCGUUGCCGCACGAGCGCUGCGAGCGGCUGCGACAACGCACGCCAUCGAGUCUGCCUCUGCACCCGCGGUCGAGAACAGCUGGAAGUUCUACGUCCACCAGCAGGCGCACAUACAGCGCGAGCUUCGUGAGAACGACCUGGCACUGGCGGAACUACACCGGCAUCACUUAGCAUCCUUAUUCGGCACCCAGAUCUUGGCAGCCGAGGGCAAGUAUGUGACUGUACAGGCCCAGGAUGUGAAGCAGCUUCUGGAACAAUACAAGAGAGUGCUUGAGCAGACCUGUGCCGAGAGUGCUGCAGCGAACGAGAGCGAAGGAGAUGCUGGGAGCGAUAGCGCAGAUGCCGAGACAACCGGCUGAUUGGUGUGCUUGCAACACUGCAAUUAGCACUGAAUUGUCAUGGAAAACCCACCGAGUAUAAGAUCUGCUUGCUCAUUGAACUGCCGAACACUUGAUGUGGAGCAAUGCGGCCGCCGUGUUCGUCCUUUUUUUAAUAUUUCCCCUGAACCUUGACAUGCCCCUUGUGUUUGUUGCUUAUUCCUACUAUACUCUACUAUACUCUAUAAUUGUUUACCUAGCAAAGGUCGCCGAGUUGUAUGUAGUCCUUGGAAACUCUUCAUAAAAUCGUCUUGCACAUAACACACAUAGAUAUGAACGCCAAUAGCUCAUCAUUGUUAUUUUCAACCUCCUAACCUAGUUCCAGUCCAGAUUGUUGUUUGCUGUACCAGCGCCGCCCCCCCCCCCCCCCCUCCCCCCCAACCCACUGUGUGUCUUGUGUUCAUUCACUUGUAUUUAGCUGACAAGCUCCAUUCCACGAUACCGCUGGAAUUUGUCUACUUCUUACCAUGGUCGAACGAUGACAAGAACGGAUCCACUUUGUGUUUCUACCCACGUCUCUGCACGUUGUCUUGCCUUGUCCUAUUCUCUGAUAGUGAUUUUUACUGCAAUCAGCCAUGUUCUGUUAUGAAACAAAUCUAUUUCUAUACAGUA